AUGUCAGUAGUCGACAGACGUAGACGUCAAUCCACUGUACUCGGUGCUCGCCGAAGUAGUGUACACAGCAGCUUAGUAGACAACAAUAGCCUUCCACCGGAUCUGCAAGUGGGUGUUCGAGUCCUUGUUCAUGGCGAGAAUCUCGGCACUGUGCGUUAUGCUGGUUCCACUGGCUUUCAAACCUCCGGCAAAUGGGUCGGUGUCGAACUAGACGAGCCUUUAGGCAAGAACAAUGGUGUCGUUCAAGGAAAGCGAUACUUUGAAUGUCGUGCCAAUCAUGGCGUAUUCGUUCGUCCUUCCUAUGUCAAAGUGUUGCCAGCCAAGGAACAGCAUGAAGUACCACCAUCACCACGAUCUGAAAAUAAUGGUGAUUCUCAACAACGUCCACAACAAGACCCAGGGCGUGCCGUCAAGGCAGCAGCACGUCGUUCAAUGACUCAACCAUCUCCACAGCAACAACCCCUGGCUAAACGACGGGCAUCCAUGGCUGCAUCCACUGUAGAAUCUCGACAGCAACAAUCUCCUGUAUCCCGCACAACACGUGUUCCUACAACAACCACUACUCGGCGUCCUUCUUCUUAUGUGGGUUCGCCAAAAUCAGCAAAGUCCACUGCUACAACGGCAACGAGUAGAGCAACCACUAUCCCAAAAGCAACUCCCACUAGAACAUCCACUCUACAUCGUGCAGCUACUACUACAACUACUACAACCACCACCAACACCACUGCUUCACCCACUCGUAGAAAGAGCAUGUAUGUGAAUAAGGAUGCUCCACAAACUCGUCAACGAUCAGGCACUAUUGGAUCCACAACAACUCGUGAUGCAAGGGCUGCUCGUGAAGCAAAAGAAGCUCGAGAGGCACAAUUGGCUGCUGCCAAAGAAGCAGAAGAGCAAGAACGUCGUCGUCAAGAGCAAGAACGUGCUCGUCAGGAAGAGCUGGCUCGUCAGCAACAAGCACAAAAAGAGGAAGAAGAAGCUCGUGAACAACAAUUGAAAGCUGAGCGUGAACGACAAUUACAACAAAUUCGUUUACGUCAACAGCAGCUGAUGAUGCAGAAGCAACAACAACAACAACAAAUCGAUGAUGAAGACGAUGAUGAUGAGGAGGAUACAGAUGAUCCUAGUUACAGCUACAAUGCAGAUGAUGACGAUGAUGAUGACGAGCCUACACCUUCCGAUGAUGUAUCCGAAGAGGAAGAAGAAGAAUCGUCUGAUAAAGAUUCACCUGCGACACCUGUUGAUCAAGAUGAUGAUGAGCCACACCUUCCCAAAGAUGAUUCAGCCUCUCAACAACAGCAACAACGUGAACAUCAACGAUUACCCCAAUCAUCUUAUGGCGCCCUUGCACCCACAAUGCCUGUUAGCAAAUCGGAACAGAUGGUGCCACUCAAGGAUUAUGAGGAAUUGCGAUUUAAGCUCAAAGUAUUGGAAGCCAAGCGGCAAGAAGAUCGUGAACGUUAUCGAGAGCAUGAAAAAGUCAAAGAGGAAGCUGAACAAUUCUUGACGCUGCGUAACAAGUUACAAGAUAAGAUUGCCGAGUUGCAAAAAGAUCUUCGUGACACCAAACGCGAGCUCAAGGAAACAUCAUCCGACAAGGAAGAAUUGGAGUUACGAUUCAGUGAAAUGGCAGACUCAUUGGAAAUGAUGACCUUGGAUAAAGAAGUUGCUGAGGAGCGCGCUGAGAGCCUUCAAGAAGAGGUCGAUUUGCUCAAGGAUAAGAUUCAAGAAAUUAGUGUUGACCUCGAUGUCCUUAAAAAGGAAGCUGAUAUACUGAAUCGAGAUCCUACCGAAAUAAGCGAAGAAGGACGAGCCUCUUUGGAAAGAGCACAGCUUGAACGACACAAUGAACGACUUCGUGAAGCAUUGAUACGUUUACGCGAUGUGACCAAUGAACAAGAAGCAGAGCUCACGCUCAAGGUCAAGGAACUUGAAAUGGAAAACUAUGAACUUGCCGAAAUCAAGGUGCAAUAUGAAAAGGUCAAAGACAAACUCGAGACCACGGAGAAUCAAAUCGAAGAGUUGCGACAACGUUUGGAUGAUGCUUUGGGCGCUGAAGAGCUCGUGGAGCAAUUGACUGAAAAGAAUUUGCACUUGACUGAACAACUGGAAGAGAUCAACUCGUCCAAUGAAGAAUUAGAAGCACUCAAGGAGCUUGCUGAUGAGCUUGAAGAGAACCAUGUUGAAACCGAAAAGCAACUUCAGGCUGAAAUUGAUCAUCGUGACAUGUUGCUACGAGAACAAAUGGAUCGUAUCAAGGCUGCUGAAGAAACCAAUGUUGAUUAUGAAGCUACCAUCCAACAAUUUAGAGAACUGGUUCAGAAUCUGCAGAGUGAUCUUGAGCAUCUCCGACAAAAGCAAGUUGAUCAAGAGACUGAAAACAUGAACCUGGCAAGUCAAUCGCAAGAAAUGAUGUCCAUCAAUAUGCAGCUACAAUCUACCGUGAUGAAGGCCCAGGCGAAACAAAUCGAUCUCGAGCUACGCAAAUUGGAUGCUACACAAGCCAAUGAUCGUCUUAGUUACAUUCAGCCUUAUUUGCCUGAUGCAUUCUUGAGAACCGAGAAUGAUCCUAUUUCAUGCCUAUUGUUGUUCAAACGUUUGGUCUUCAAGUCCGAAUUGAUCAUCAAGCAUCUUGAUCAAACACAUCCCAUCAGCGAAAAGAUCAUGGAUAAUGUAUCAGAGAGCUUGGUAUCGGUGUGCGAGCUGAGACAAAAGGCUGCAUACCUCAGUGACAUGGCCAAACGUUUCGUCACAUUCAUCAAGCAUUGCACCCCUGAGGAAUUCUCAAAGAUGGCCCGUGUUUAUCAAGACCUUGUUGGCUCUGAAAGAAAGUUGAAUGCCCUUGUUGAGUUUUUCCGCACCGAUGAAGCCAAUGACUCUGAUUCCAUCGUUGAUCUCCAGAGAAUCAUUGCUCACGUGGAACAUCUUGCCGAGCUACAUUUGACCAAGAGCACUGAAGCUGAUAAUGCCGACUUGUUUUAUGGGUUGACUCGAGCACUUGAUAUGAAUGCGGACAAGAUGAUGGUGGAACUUACCUUUGUCAAGCAACUCGUGUACAAUGCCACAACCUCAGAAGGCAUCAAUAUCGCUGAAGGCACGAUGCAAAUGGACUAUGAAUACAUCGAGCCAUUGGGCCGACUUGUUUCCGAAACCAAGAAUUGCAAGAUGAUUUCAAAGAAAUUGCUUCGACAGCUUGAUGAUUUAUCGGAGCAGGCAUUGACACCCAAGGCCGAUCACAUGCAUCGAUUCAAGACCAUGUAUGCUCUAAGCACCAAGUUGAGCAAAUUCUGCUUUGAGUCGCUCAAACAAAUCUUGGGUUAUUUGGAUACCAAACGUGCCAAUCGUGAAGAUAUCAGCUUGCGUGAGCUCCAGCAUAUCGUUUACAGCAAAACGGAUGAUAUUCUCGAGAUUUCAGAAACAACCAUGUGGGAUGGUUGCACCAAGAUGCUCAAAUCGCUUUCGACGGAGCUCUCUACCACCUUGAAACGGGUCGAAAACGACAACCGCAUGGAUAAGAUUGCCACUGGUAUCCCACCAUGGGUGCAACGCGCUUCUGAUAUGAAGGCCGAAGUUGUUAUCAACCACGAUCUCGAGCGCAAGCUGCAGCAACACAAUGAUGAGAUUUAUAAGCUGGUCAAGGAUAUCAAACUUAAGGACCAAGCACUACAAGAAGCUAGCAUUAAGGUUGAUCUUUUGGAAAAGCGCAUGGAAGCUGCCAAGAAGGAAGCUGAGCAAAUCAUGACAUUGGAGAAUGAUUUGGAAAAGGCCAAGGAGCAGACCCAAAUGUAUAGCGAGGCCAUGGAUAAUCUUCAGGCUGAAUAUGAAACUUUGGAGCAAGAAAACAUUGAGCUCAGGAAGCAGGUAUCUAUGAAGGAGGACAAACGCCGAUCCAUCCCUAUGAUGAAACAAAGCGCUUUCGAUGACGAAUCAACAUCAGAGGCGACUAUGCUUACAGCAGACAACCUUAACGAGAUUGCUGAUAUGCAAACACAUAUGGAAACCUUGAAGGCUGGCAUCCGUUAUUUGCGUGCAGAGAAUGCCUAUCUCAAGAGCUGUGAUUUAUCUCGUUCAUUGAACCUUGAAACAUUGCCAGCACCUGUUGCACCUAUCAAAAAGGAGGAGCGACACGAUGAUGACGACAAUGACGAAGAGGAGGAGGAGAAGGAUAUGGGCGAAGAAGAGUCAUCGAAUGAUACACGUGAUACCCUUCGUGCUAUUGCCACGGAAUCUCGCAUUCUUCUCAAGGACAUGCGUCGUGUGGGUGCUACGCCCAAGGUGGUAUCAUUGGCAGAGCAUAAAAGUGGCCAAUGGCAGAGUAUCAAGAGGACUCCUGACUACCAAUAUCAGGCCCAACAAUCUGCGUUGUAUACACUCAAGCAACGCAGCGAGCAGCUCAAAUCCAAGAUCAAACAGCUUCAACAUACCAAUCAAGAACCCGAAGCAAAGCAAGCUGCUGCCAGUAUACAACCAUUGCAACGUCCGAUGGAAUACUUGUCACAAGCGAUUGCUAAAGUUCAGAUACCCCGGCUGUCUUCCAGCAGCGUAGCUACUACUAUUACUACUCCCCGUCGUCAUUGCAUACAAUUAUCAAGUGCUGCUGAAUUUGAGCGUAUUCACAGUAUCUUUAUCCGUUAA